AUAACGCCCUCCCUGUUAUCAAGCCCGUUAUCUUCCUGAAUCAUUCUCCAUCCAGUUUUCCUUCUCAGCACUCGAAUUUAUCCUCCGCAAUUUUAAAAAAUGUUCAACAAAAAAAUUAUCCUCUACCUGGCCAUCGGAUUCCUGGUGCUCGGUUGCUUUAUCAAUGAGGUCGAGGGUCGUCGUAAAAUUUUACGUGGAAGAAAAACUAUAACACGACAGUAUUACCGAGGUCUUGCAAUACCUGCCUGGACAAUUGUGCUACUGAGUGGCCUAGCGAUGCUGACAGUUGGCGGCGGACUUUACAUGGUUUUAAAAAAAGUUGUAGUCGACAGUUCUGAUGACGAAACCACAAAUUCUUACCAUCCCGCAAUCCAAGAUGACGUUUGA